GCAGUGAAUGUUUUUGUGCUUUUGAGUUUUGUAUCCCGAUUACCUAGAAACAUGCCAAAAUUCACCGGAAGAAGCAAACUAUUGGCUGUUAUGAAAGAGCCCUAGGAAGUGCAUUUCUGCAUAGCUGCACUGUAUGGGAAUACGGAUCUUUCAGUUUUCUAAAAGAAUGGGAAAUUUGGGUUUUCAUGUGAAAUCCCACGACGCUUAGGCAUCGGCAGCUAAUUCCAAGUUAUAAAAGCACUGCACGAUCCAAGCAAAACACAUCUGCAGGCCAGAUGAGGCCCGCGGGGUGCCAGCUUGAGGUCUGUGGGUUAGACAUUUCUUCCUCCUACCUGCUAGGAUUCAUCUCUGUGCCGCUUCCACGGCCUUCCCUGGUAUAAGGACGUCAGCCCUCAUCACUGUGGAUGUUAACUGAUUGUUGUUGCUGGCCCAGUUUUCCACCGCUGAAGGUCCUUGAAGCACACGGCCUCCUGGGUGACUAGACACAGGUGUUCAGUCCAGAGAGGAGAGAAGGAGCUACUGGAUAUGAGAGUUGGACUUCUGUGGCUCAUCCCUCUCUUCACGCUCACCGGGGGCUUCCUGCAGAAGAAAAAUGAUGGCCGCAGAACAAAAGGAGAUGUCAGUGUGGUUGAGAAAAGGCAUCCAGUCCGGGAGUAUGAGGUGCUACUUCAAAUGACGUACAAAGAUCCAGAGGAGAAGAAAGAACUGAAGAGAUUUCUGAAGCUCUUGAAAUCAGGAUCACCAAGUUUACGUGGUCCCAGCAAGAUCAUCGGAGUGAAGGCCACCACAUACUGCAGAAGCCGAAAAGGGUUCCUGGAGUGUGCCUGUGAAGACAACUAUAUGUGGUUUCCUCCCUCCUGCCUUGACCCCCAGAGCUGCUAUCUUCACACAACUGGACUCCUCCCAAGCUGUAACUGCCCUCUCAGAGGCCUCAGGAAGAGCGUUAAUUUCUGUGAGAGAGCAAAGGUUUGGGGCACUUUUGAAAUUGAUGAAAACUUUCCUGAAGACCUUUGGAAUUCAUCGUCUAAUAUAUAUGCCUACUACAGAACUGGAAUUGAAAAUCAACUUAAAGAAGCGUACAGAAGAGUCCACGGUUUUGAGUCAGUUCAGGUCACCCAAUUUCGAAAGGGAAGCAUCGUUGUUGGCUAUGAAGUGACUGGCUCCACUAGCCCUGCUGAACUCCUCUCUGCCAUUGAACAGGAGGCUGAAAAGGCACAGGUGGCCCUGAGAAGGCAGUUUCCAGUCAAAUAUGGCUCUUUUCGAGUGUUCGGGAAAGCUCAGUGUAACAGCAUCUCCUUUGGAUUUGGGUCUGAGAAUGAUGAAUAUACUCUACCCUGCAGCAGUGGCUUUGCAGGAAGCAUGACAGUCAGGUGCCAGUCCUCUGGGUGGCACAUCACCAGGGAAUCCUGUGUGCUCUCUCAGCUGGAAGAACUGAAGAAGGAGCUCAGUAUGAUUGCAGGCAAGAUCACAGAGGCAGGUGUGGCAUCUUUGGUGCAAAAUCUUUCCACCAUCAUUCUGCACAGCCCAUCCACCACAGUCGGGAACCUGGGCUCGGUGGUGUCACUGCUGAGCAACAUUUCGUCCCUGUCACUGGCAAACUCUUUGACUGUGUCCAAUUUGACACUGACGAAUGUUAUCAACAUAGCUGAUCAUAUCCUGGAUUCAGCCUCCAUAACGAACUGGACAAUUUUAUUACAAAACGCAAAGGACGCCAGCUCCCAACUACUAGAGACCUUGGAAAACAUCAGCACUCUCAUCCCUUCCAUGGCUCUGCCUCUUAAUUUUUCUGGAAAAUUCAUUGUCUGGAAAGGGAUUCCAGUGACCCAAAUCCAGAGCACACAGGGCUACAACUAUCAGAUCGAAAUGAAACAACCAAAUGCCCCUCUGCCUAUCCGGGGUCACGUGUUUAUUGAACCAGGUCAAUUCCAGAAAUCGCAUCCAAAGACUGUUAUCAGCAUGGCCUCAAUGACCUUUGGGAACAUUCUACCAGUUACCCAGAGAGGAAAUGCACGGGUCAAUGGUCCUGUGAUAGCCACACUUAUUCCGAACUCUUCCGUCAGUGAAAUUUUCCUGAACUUUUCCAAAAUAAAUGGAAACCUGAGCCAGCCUCACUGUGUGUUUUGGGAUUUUAGCCAGUUGCAAUGGAGCAAUGCGGGCUGCCAACUAGUUAAUGAAACUCCAGACACAGUACUGUGCCGAUGUAGUCAUCUGACCUCCUUCUCCAUGCUAAUGUCACCCUCUGUUCCCUCUUCAGUUGUCCCUGUAGUAAAAUGGAUCACGUACAUAGGGCUGGGCAUCUCCAUUGCAAGUCUCAUCUUAUGCCUGAUCAUUGAGUCUCUGUUUUGGAAACAGACCAAGAGAAGCCAAACCUCCUACACACGAAACAUUUGCCUGGUGAACAUCGCCCUGUCACUCCUAAUUGCUGAUGUUUGGUUUAUCGUUGCUGCCACUAUGGGCACCUCUGUGAGCCCUUCUGGAGUCUGUGUGGCUGCUGUGUUCUUUACCCACUUCUUCUACCUUGCCGCGUUCUUCUGGAUGCUCGCGCUGGGCAUCCUGCUAGCGUAUCGAAUCAUCCUCGUGUUUCAUCACAUGGCUGUGACUACCAUGGUGGCUAUUGGCUUCUGCCUAGGCUAUGGGUGCCCUCUCCUUAUAUCCAUUAUCACCCUUGCUGUCACCCAACCUAGCAAUAGUUACAGAAGGAACGAUGUGUGUUGGCUUAACUGGUCUGACAAGAGCAAACCUCUCUUGGCAUUCGUUGUUCCCGCGUUGACUAUUGUGGCUGUGAACUUGGUGGUGGUGCUGCUGGUCCUUAGGAAGCUCUGGAGGCCAGCGGUUGGAGAAAGAGUGAAUCAGGAUGACAAAGCCACUGCCAUCCGCAUUGGAAGGAGCCUCCUCGUGCUGACCCCACUGCUAGGGCUGACCUGGGGCUUUGGCAUAGGAACAAUGGCGGACAGCCAGGAACCUGCUUGGCAUGUUCUUUUUGCUUUACUCAAUGCUUUUCAGGGAUUUUUCAUCUUCUGUUUUGGAAUUCUCCUGGAUAACAAGAUGCGGCAACUUCUGUCCAACAAGUUGACUCCAUUAAGCUCGUGGAAGCAAACAUCAAAGCAAAACUCCUCAGAUAUAGUUACCAAGCCUAAAUGCUUAAGGCCUUUCAACAUACUACAGCACAGAGGCAUGUAUGCAUUUUCUCAUACUCAUACUGGAGAUUCGUCCAGUGAUAUCACAUUAACCCAGUUUUUAUCAACCGAAUAAAGCCACGAGUCACAAUCAAGGGUAAAUUUUUCUUUGAGCAACAGGUCAUUCAGAGCUACAUGGCAGGCAGUGAAGACACGCACAGAAUCAGAUGAGACUUUGUGACUUGGGAGUCCAAGGAUAAAACUGGUUACUUUGCGGCUGGAGAGAUGGCUCAGUGGCUAAGAGCACUUGCUCUUGCACAAGACCUGGACUCAAUUCCCAGCACCCACGUGGUGGAUCACAACUAUCUGUUCCAGGGGAUCUGCUGCCCUCUUCUGACUUCUAUGAGCACAAUAUAUACAUGUGACGCGUAGACAUACAUACAGGCAAAACAUUCAUACAUGAAAUAAAUCUUUUUAAAAACCCCAAUAGGUGACUUCAGUGGUUCGACUCUGCCUUCUUUAUCCCAAAUUAAAUAGAAAUGGUAUCAAUUACAAAGUGAGCUAAGAAGUAUCAUACAUUCUUC